UGGCGGAACCCCUGAGGCUGGAGACGACCUUCUGCUCUACACAGGACUGGGCAGAGAUGGCGUCAGCGCUAUGGGUGCUGGGUCUGCGCGCGGCGAGCUGGAAUCUGCGGCGCCCCCUGUGGCUGCCUGUCCUGGGCCUCCCGCGGACCUACUCACAAUUGCCCGUGGAUGAUGCAAUUAACCGUCUCAGCGAGGAGCAGAAGCAGCUACGCCACACCAUGACCAAGUUCCUGCAGGAGCACCUCGCUCCCCAGGCCCAGGAGAUCGAUCAAAGCAAUGAGUUCAAGAACCUUCGGGAGUUCUGGAAGCAGCUGGGGCAGCUGGGAGUCCUGGGUAUCACAGCCCCAGUCCAGUACGGUGGCUCAGGCCUAGGAUACCUGGAGCAUGUGCUGGUGAUGGAAGAGAUAUCCCGAGCCUCGGGUGCCGUGGGACUAAGUUAUGGUGCCCACUCCAACCUCUGCAUCAACCAGUUGGUCCGGAAUGGAAAUGAAGCUCAGAAGGGGAAAUACCUGCCCAAGCUCAUCAGUGGUGAAUUCAUUGGUGCUCUGGCCAUGAGUGAGCCCAACGCCGGCUCUGACGUGGUCUCCAUGCGGCUCAAAGCAGAAAAGAAAGGUGACCAUUACAUCCUGAAUGGCAAUAAAUUCUGGAUCACCAAUGGCCCUGAUGCUGACGUGCUUAUCGUCUAUGCCAAGACCGACUUGGCAGCCGUGCCAGUGUCUCGGGGCAUCACAGCCUUCAUUGUGGAGAAGGACAUGCCUGGCUUCAGCACUGCCAAGAAGCUAGACAAGCUGGGGAUGCGAGGCUCCAACACAUGUGAGCUCAUCUUUGAAGACUGCAAGGUUCCAGAGACUAACAUCCUGGGCCACCUGGGCAAAGGCGUGUACGUGCUGAUGAGUGGACUGGACUUGGAGCGCCUGGUGCUGGCUGGCGGACCUCUGGGGAUCAUGCAGGCCGUCCUGGACCACACCAUCCCCUACUUGCAUGUGCGAGAAGCCUUCGGCCAGAAGAUUGGCCACUUCCAGCUAAUGCAGGGGAAGAUGGCCGACAUGUACACCCAUCUCAUGGCAUGUCGACAGUAUGUCUACAACGUGGCCAAAGCCUGUGAUGAGGGCCACUGCACACCCAAGGACUGUGCAGGUGUAAUCCUCUACUCUGCUGAGUGCGCCACAAAGGUGGCACUGGACGGCAUCCAGUGUCUGGGCGGCAAUGGCUACAUCAACGACUUCCCCAUGGGACGCUUCCUGCGAGAUGCCAAGCUGUAUGAGAUCGGGGCAGGGACCAGCGAGGUGAGGCGGCUGGUCAUUGGCAGAGCCUUCAACUCGGACUUUCACUAACCACUGAGACAUAUGCCCAGACCCAGAGGAGGCCUUUCCUUGGAAGGGGACAUGUCAGCUCUGCUCCUCAGUGCUUCCUAUCUCUGGACCCUUCCUGAGGUCUGGCCUGCUCUGUGUGUGCUAAGCCUCAAUGAUGAGGCUCAACCUGGGAGAGGUGUUGGUGGUUUCAGGAAACUCAAAAGGAGCUUUUGAAAGGACUAUUUUUUAAAUAUUUAUUUCCUUUUGUUGCCCUUGUUGUUUUAUUGUUGUAGUUAUUAUUGUUGUUGUUAUUGAUGUCAUCAUUGUUAGAUAGGACAGAGAGAAAUGGAGAGAGGAGGGGAAGAUAGAGAGGGGCAGAGAAAGACCUGCUUCACCGCCUGUGAACUGACUCCCCUGCAGGCAGGGAGCCAGGGGCUAGAACCGGGAUCCUUAUGCCGGUCUUUGCACCUUGCGCCACCUGCGCUUGCCUACUGAGGUGUCUGUGAAAGCAAGCCUGUCUACCAACCCUGAGCCAGUUCAUGUGGCUGCCCACUGCUGCCUGGGCAGCAGCCUGAGGAGGUUAGCUUCACUCCAGCUGAGAUGCCCACACUCAUUUAUCUAACAGCCCACAGCUGGUCAUGUUCUAACUGCACAGUGAGUGGCAGGUGCCAUUUUGUAUUAAACAGAUCAAGAAACAAA